GCAGCGCAGCGUCAGAGCCCAUCUGGCCCGCCCAAGCCCGCAGUCGUUGAUUCCCGGUUCCCUCCUCCCGACCGCCAUUCGCUCUAAGCCCUUGCGACACCGGCGGGAUCGGUGUGCCGCCAACCACCACAUACCGAAUCCUACUGCAGAGAUUCUGGGACUACAGUCCCACAAGCGGCAGGCAGGACAUGCAAGUCUCGAACUUGCUCACGGAGAAUCCGGCAUCUGGCGCUCGACGUUCCAUCGGUCCUGCUGAGGGCCUUGCGAUCGGCCUACAACACAGCGCCGGGCACAUCGGUGCAGGAUACAACAUGCAUCCUCACGGAGGCGACGCAGCGAUGCUAGACAUUUAUCCAAGCACGGAGACUGCGUCUCCCCAUGAUUCGCUGUCACCUACCAAGGCUUCGCAUCCGAAGUAUGUAAGCUUCGAGCUGCUUCUCCCGCAGUCGCCGCAGCACAGGGCCCGUCUCCCGAUGCGGGUGAACAUAUUUCCUCAUGACACGACCGAUUCUAUCAUCACAACAGUCAAGAACUUCUACGGCUUGUACGAGCGCAGGGGCGUCGUGUUCGAGGACGGGCACGGCAACACCCUGAUCGCGAGAUAUGAGAACUUCGCGCAUAACAUGGUCGUCUACGUCCGCGUUACUGCAGAAGAACCAGAUGUCGACGAGUUCACCCAUGGUGCUCGUCAGUCCAUGUCUCCCCGGCGCCCUCGACUAGACGAAGCGUUUCAGAUGCUGCCUCCAUCGCUCUCUCGCGCCGUCGGACGACAGAGCCAAUCUCCUCAACCUGGACGCGGCAGACGCAGUGCGUCGGCGAGCACAAACACAAAGCGCUCUCGACCUGCCGCGAAGAGUCGUGGUCCUAGUUCUCAUGGCAGUUUUGCGGACCUUAACGGAGACACCAAUGCCUAUAGCGAUAGUGAUGGUGGUGACGCUUCUGUUACCAGCUCGCGCCGCUCAAGAAAGGAGCAAGUCGCCAGUGCGGAGAUCAGCGUCGAUAACAUCGUUGAAGGAGGCCGUCGCAAGCGCGCCAAAUUUGACAGCUCUCUCCCCCUAUUCGUGCCUCCUCAAGUCCCUAUGACUGCUUCACUCUCGUCCGUUUCGCCGCAGAGGCGCAUCAGCAGCAACCAAGGGGCCUCGCCCUAUUCGCUCAACAACCAGCAGACCUUUGCGUACUCGCAUCCUCUGCCGUCUCCUCAAAGCUAUGGUCAAGUCGAUAACUCCUAUCUUCAGGGGUUGGCUACGCCAUAUUCGGCUUCGAAUGGCCCAGCGCAGGGAUACCGCUCUCGCACACGUGGCUCGGCCCAAUACGGUCCAUAUCGCCAAUCCGGCAACACUGGAGGCAUCUUGCCAACACCAGACCCCACCCUUGGCAGUAUCAGUGUCAUUUCUGAUGAGGACGUUGCUCGUCAGCUAAUGCGACUGGGCGAUGCGUCCAACUUUUCCACACACGGGCGCACAUCUACCUCCACGCUUGACGAUGCAUUGAGCGGCAAGGCCGAGGCAGCAUCCUCCAGUGAAGAGAGCGAUGAUGGUAGCGAGGACGAGCAAGGGCUUCCACCUAUGCCAUUCAGCAUGGCACGUGCUAAUGGCGUCAAUGGAGACCUAAGCCGGGGUUACGACAGCGGUGACAGCAGCGGCGAGGAGUACGAGGACAACCGAGAUGACUCCUUCAAAGGUGAAAGCGAUGAGAUCGUUCCUGAUGAGCACGGCGAUCAGCUGGAACAGCAUGGCGCAAUGAAAGCCCGCUCCUCCGUCUCGAGCAAAUCCGGCAAACCUAGCAAACCGCGUGCGCUCGUAAAGGCUAAGGGCAAGACCGCCAAACCGCCUAUGUCCCCGACAUCCCUUCCUCCUCAGUCGCGCAAAACCUCGAGUGCCUCGAUUAACGGCCAACAUCAGCUGGGUGUUGACGAGGAGGAUCUGUCGACUAAACCACGCUGCCAGCGAUGCCGCAAGAGCAAGAAGGGCUGCGAUCGCCAGCGUCCCUGCGGACGGUGUAAAGAUGCUGGCAUCGGCAUUGAAGGAUGCAUCAGCGAGGACGAGGGCAACGGUAGAAAAGGACGAUAUGGGCGCCACAUGGGUGUCCCAGUCAAGAAAAUGCCAAUGGACCCUCCUCCGUCGCACGAUCAGGGGGUUCCGACCGGGAUCACGCACCACUUCGCCAUCCCCAGCGGCACGAUCGAGAAAGGCAAGAAGCGAAAGAGGUAAAGGGUUAUGCUCGCCUUCCUAUCUCUGCAACCUUUAUCGACGUCUCUCGCACUCCCUAAGCCCAUAUACCUGUGGGCUUGCCAUAUCUCACC